AUGAGCAUGGGUAGUAGUGGAAGUGGAAGUGGUUCUUGGCCAGUUCUAAUCAACAGACUCGUAAAGCAAGAAUUAACCGAUCGUCGAAAAAGACGAUACAGCAUUGUUGAUGAAUAUGGAGGUGAUUAUGUUAACGUGAACAUGCAUUUUUUUCAUAUCAAUAACUCUUUGCAUUUUGCACGAGGUUCAAUAGCUGCCGGAAAGAUUGACGCGUUUUUCGGCAAAGAAAUUUCAUCAUUUACAGAGUCCAGCGUUACCACCACCAGCAGUACACAAGCCGGGAGAGG